AAUUACAGAUACACCACUGCCUCCAACCAAACAAAGACCCGAGCUAGGGUUUUGGAUUUUCACUCUCUCCUUCUCUCUCAGCAACCAAACAAAGGCGUUGCAGAAGAAGAGAAGAUAACUCGGUCAGCAAGAAUGACGACUGUGGUCCCCACCUCCGAAGAGGAUCCAGCCCUCUCCGUCGUCCGUUUCACCUCCGAACUCUCCUGGUCCGACGCCGGCCCCGAGGUAGCGGAACAACAAGUGAGUAGGCUGUGUGUGGAAGCGCAAGAAUGUAUGGUGAGGAAUAGGUGGUUGGAUUUGACUUCUUUAAUGUUAACUUCCGCUGAUAUUGUUUUUUCCAACUCCAAGGUUUCCGAGAAAGAUCUUGAAUGUAUCUUCACUGUCAUUUGCAAUCUUGUCACAAAGUCUGAAAGUCCAGAUGAAGAACUUGAGAUGGCAAAACUUAUAUGCACAAAAAUUAUUCAACAACCAAGUGACAAGCCUGUGCUGCGCCUAAAGAUCUUGUUCAAUCUGUACAACCUACUGGAUAAUGUGUACUGCCGGUUCUAUGUUUACAUGAAGGCCUUAAAUUUGGCCAUGAGUGGAAAAGUCACUGAACACAUCAUUCCUUCUUGCAAAAAGAUUGAUAGCUUCUUGAAAGAGUGGAAUCUUGAAGUCCAGGAUCAGAGGGAGCUUUUUCUCUGUGUUGCCAAUGCACUAAAAGAUAGUAAGAGCUCUGCGAAGGAUUCUUUCAAAUUCUUGACUAGGUAUUUAGCCACUUUCUCUGGCGAGGAUGCUUAUAAAAUGGGCGAAGCCAAGGAUGAAGCUGCACGUACAAUUAUUGAUUUUGUUAAGGCACCUGACAUGUUUCAGUGUGAUCUACUAGAUAUGCCUGCUGUUGCGCAAUUGGAAAAGGAUGCUAAAUAUGCAUUGGUAUAUCAGCUCCUAAAGAUUUUCCUGACUCUGAGGCUGGAUGCUUAUCUGGAGUUUCAAGCUGUGAAUUCUGCUCUUCUGAAAAGCUAUGGUCUUGUUCAUGAAGAUUGUAUAGCGAAGAUGCGGUUGAUAUCAUUGGUGGAUCUUGCCUCACAUGAAUCUGGUCGAAUUCCAUAUACCCUAAUCAAAGAUACUCUUAGGAUCAAUGAUGAUGAGGUGGAAUUAUGGGUAGUGAAGGCAUUAACUUCCAAGUUAAUUGCCUGUAAAAUGGACCAGAUGAAUCAAGUUGUGCUUGUGAGUUCUUGUACUGAGCGUGUAUUUGGGCGACAACAGUGGGGGGUGCUUAGGACAAAGCUUGGUACAUGGAGGGAUAAUAUUGGAAAUGUCAUAAACACCAUCCAAGCUAACAAGAUCACCGAAGACAGCUCACAGGCAGUGCAGGGAUUGAUGAUUCGUUAGGGGUCUUUUUCUCUGGCUAUUUAUUUAUAAGGUCAAUCCAUAGCUGGAGAUGGAGCCGAGUCCGUUGGAAUGCAUCAGUACUUUUGGUUGUCAUUUACUUUAGUUGGAAAUUGAUAGUGUAUUUGGGAAAAUUUUGAGAGAGGAGGUCUAGGCGUUUUAACAUUUACCAUGCGAAGUGAUUUUAUGUAACAAAUUCAAUGUCUACUCUCUUUUAUGUGGCAACUUUGGUUUCACUGUCACGAAUAUGCUUUUUGAGUCA